AUGGAAGAGCGCGGGAACGUCGCCGCUCUCGUCCGCGCCGCCCGUCGUCCCAAGCUGAAGGGGUUGAUCUAUUGGUUCCACACGAAAACGCCCGAGGAGCAGGAGUACCUCCGACCGAAGCUCGAGCGGUGGAUACAGAAGCAGCGGGAGGGGGUGAGGGAGAGGCGACAGGAGAAGCGGCAGAGCCCGUCGCCGGAGCUGGGCGCCGGCCUGGGCAUGCCACUCGACCCUGCAAUGAAAACAGGAGCAGCUGCAGGCCGAAGGAGCGGACUUCGGCGGUACUAUUCGCCUGAGCCGUUCCAGCCCGAUUCAGAGGUUGUCGCCGAUUCGCAGGAGGUCGUCGCUGACUCGCAGGAGGAAGACGUCGUCGAGGCGACGGACGACGAGAGCGGGUUCGGGUACGAAGGCGACGAAGAGAUGGCUGGGUACGAGGGCACUAUCUUCGCGGACACGAGCGAGCACGGCGGGUACGACCCGGCGCUUUGGCUCUGGCGGGAGGGCGAGGACGAGCUUCCGCGCGAGGACCACGACCUUCCCAACGUCGCCCACUCGCCUUUUCCUUCCUUCCGCCACGCCAUGGACGUCACUGAGAAUGUACAGCACCCCGAGGCGGAUGCCGACGAGCAGGAGGAGGCCGAGGACGAGCUCGAACGGGUGAAGGAGGAGGACGAGUGUGUGAACAAGGAGGACGCCUCGCCCCGCCUCGAAAGUCCGCCCCAUCCUCCCGCCGAGUCCGCCGCCGACAAGCCCGCCACAACGAAGCCCGCCGCCAUCGUCGACCUCUCCGACUCGAGCGACUCGAGCGACGACGACGACCCGCUCGCCGAGCGCCGCCUCCGCGCCAAGGUCGUCCUGUACAACAAGGCGCUCACGAUGCACUAUGAGGAGCUCGAGCGCGAGCCUGGAGGUGCCGAGAAGGUUGCGCAGGAGAAGGCGGAGGCGGGCAAGGGGUGGCAGGAGGGCUACGCAGCGAUGGAGGCCGCUUGGCGCAAGUACCGGCACAAGCUGGAGGUGGACGCCGCGGGAGGAGCGCCCCUCCUGCCGCCGCUCCGAACGCCUGCACCCUCGAGGCGUUCGAGCCCCCUCCUCGCCCUCUUCCGACGCCGCGCAUCGCCGCCGAGGACGUGA